AUGGCGGAAGAGUACAAGUUACUUUUGGAAUUCAUUUAUCAGUUCCUAAUACUCGAUAUAUAUCUGUUCCUCUGUCUCAAAACUCGCCGUCUCAUUCCCAAUAUCUCCAAAUUAGGUCCACGAUACCUAUGGGCUGUUAUCUUUCUUGGUGUUCAAUUGGCAUACUUCAUUAUAUCAUAUGAGCAACUGGCAGGUGCUCCAACCUUGUCUGUCUUCCGUGCUCUAUUGCAAAAUGGGUUAAUGACGGCACGUGCGGCAGCAAAUGUCAUCAACUUACUCGCUGGGAUGAUCAUGUUUCCAUUCUGCCGAACAUUCAUUUCAUUCAUUCGACGAUCAAGCAUCAUCAACAGAAUUGUCCCAUUUGAUGAUAAUGUCAACUUCCAUAUCGCUAUUUCAGCUUCACUUGUUUUCUGGUCCUUUGUUCACGUUAUUGCUCAUUAUUUCAACUAUCUAAAAGUUGAGCAAGCGUCAAUGGGACAACCGACUGCGGAGAGUUUGGCUCUGUUAUCUGGACCUGGAUGGACGGGUCAAGUCAUUACGGUAGCUCUCUUCCUAAUGAUGACCUCAGCUCUUGAAAUUGUUAGAAGAAAAGCUUAUGAAGUAUUCUGGUUUACACACCACUUGUUCAUCUUGUUCUUUGGUGGAUUACUUCUUCAUGGCUCUUUCUGCUUCAUCAAGGCAGAUCCAGGAUCAGGCGAUCCGUGUCGUGGUGGGCCUCAGUUCUGGAAAUUCUUCCUCGCAUCUGCCGUACUCUACUUGACUGAACGUAUGCUUCGUGAAUGGCGAGGACGUCGUGAGACUCACAUUUCAAAAGUAGUUCAACAUCCUUCUCGUGUUGUUGAAAUACAAAUCCAAAAACCGUCUUGCAGGACUAAAGCUGGUCAAUACAUAUACAUCAAUUGUCCUGAAAUCGCCACGUAUCAGUGGCAUCCUUUCACAUUGACUUCAAGUCCUCAUGAAGAAUUCAUCUCUGUACACAUUCGUGUUGUUGGAGACUGGACUUCAGCAUUCUCCAAACGAUUAGGCUGUCGUUUUGGUGAUUCAGAUGAAAGGAAGUUGACUAUUCCUAAAGAUUUACCUUGGGUGAUGAUUGAUGGUCCUUACGGAUCGGCAGCUGUCGAUGUGUUUGAUUAUGAAGUCUCGGUAUUGGUUGGAGCUGGUAUUGGUGUCACACCAUUUGCGUCAAUUCUCAAGGAGAUUUGGUAUCGUGUCCAUGAACCCAAGGCUGAUGUGCGAUUGCGCAAAGUCUACUUUAUAUGGACUUGUCGUGACAAGGAGGCUUUUGAGUGGUUCCAAGACGUGCUGGCCACUCUUGAAGAAGAGAACUUGGAUGGCUUCCUUGAAAUUCAUUCAUAUCUCACUGGAGGUCUCAAAGACUAUGAAGCUAUGAACAUUAUCCUCAAUGAUGUUGGUGCCAAGACGGAUGCACUGACAAGUCUUCGAGCUCCUACUCACUAUGGUCGUCCCAACUUUGACAAGAUUCUUAAAGGAUUGCGAGUUUCUCAUCCAGCUACCGACAUUGGAGUCUUCUUCUGCGGUCCAAAGGAACUCUCGAAUGUUAUUUAUGAAGCUUGCAACACGUGGACUGAGGCCACUGAAGAUGGGACCAAGUUCUUUUACGCAAAGGAAAACUUUUGA